AUGUGUGCACACUUGGCUCUGCCCCCUUACCAGGCUUACCCCAGCGGGACUGGCAUGGGGUACCUGGAGUUUUACUGGAACUCAGCAGGGGAGGCAGGACAUGCCCCCACUUUGGCUGGGCCAGCAGGAGCCACCAGUGCCAGUCAGUCUCCGGACACAGGAGGGAAGAGGCAGACAGCAGAAGUAUCCCCAGCUUCGUCCAGUUCUGGGAAUUUCAGCCAAUUCACACCAGAUUCAGCCACCAGUCCACAUUCAGCAUCCUCGUCCCCACCACCUACAGCUAAGUCUCAGAAGGGCAGAGAAGAUGGCAUGGAGGGGGUGAGGAAGGCCAAGAGCCGCACGGCUUUCUCCAAGGAGCAGCUGCAAACCCUGCACCAGCGGUUCCAGAGCCAGAAGUACCUCAGCCCCCAGCAGAUCCGGGAGCUGGCUGCUGCCCUGGGGCUCACCUACAAGCAGGUGAAGACUUGGUUCCAGAACCGGAGGAUGAAGCUGAAAAGGUGCCAGAAGCAUAGCCUGUGGACUGAACGGGCUCAGUGCCUCACACAAAGUGGCUUCCAGCCAAGUACCUACCUGGAUGUGCACCCCAAAUUCCACCAGGGCUACCCGAUCACUGCAGCCAGUAACAUACAAACCAUGCCUCCCCCCCAUCAGCAUUAUGGAGCAGGGCAGAAUGCUUACACAAUCAUGACCGGAGAGGAUGGAGGAGUUUUUGGAAAAGGUGGGGGCACCUGCAGCGUCCAGCAGACAGUAGGCUUCAUUGCCCAGCACAAAGUAGACUUUUACCACAGCUGUCCUGGCAGUGUGGAAUACCCAGGCACAAAGACAGGUGACAGCUGUAACUUUCACCACUCGGCUACCAUGGGGGCUCCUUUCCCAGCCACUGCUGGCCACCAUCUCUAUCAUUCCUAA